AAAACACCUCCUUUACAAGACCCAAAACCAAGCCCCCUUCACAAAGCGAGAAACAAACAGAUCGAGAGAGAGAGAGAGAGAGAACCCAGAAACGCAGUGCAAACAAUUUUUCAAUAACAUCAAUGGCUGCCAGUAAGAGCUACUACGCCCGCCCGAGCUACCGCUUCUUACCCAGUGACCGGGACCACCACCCCCCCAUCGCGCACGACUCGGCAUUCGAACUCGACGAGUCCGACAUCUACAACUCGGUCCGCUCCAACUCGCCCGAGUUCCGCAAGCCAGCACCGGUUUCGCGCCUCUCGAAGAAGUCCACCUCCAAGACUUCGGCCGAACGCGUCGUCGCCGGAGCCACCGCGUCGUCGCUGCCGGUGAACAUUCCGGAUUGGUCGAAGAUCCUGAGGGACGAGUACAGAGAUAAUCGCCACGGAGACAGCGUUGACUACGACGACGCGGACGGCGACGAUGAGUGCGAGAACGGGGUGAGGGUCCCGCCGCACGAGUUUCUGGCGAGGCAGAUGGCGAGGACGAGGAUCGCCUCCUUCUCCGUGCACGAAGGGGUAGGUAGAACUCUGAAAGGGAGGGAUCUAAGUAGGGUCCGAAACGCAAUUUGGGAAAAAACUGGCUUCCAAGAUUAGAAGAAGAAGAAGGGGAAAUGGAAAAAUCACAAAUGACUGUGAGAAAUUACGGAUAUUUAUUAGAUUAGAUUUUUUUUUUUUCCUUUUUUUUUGGGGGGGGGUUUCCGACGUAGGAAUAGUUUCAUAGACUUCUUCUUCUUCUUCUUCUUCUUUUUUCAUUUUUGAAUUUACGUCGUUUGAUCGCUCUACUCGAUCAAAAUGAACAUUUUGACGCAUGUAAUUUUAACUUAGAGGUUGUAAUCGAAUUUGCGGAGGAAAUUUGGUUUGCAUUUCCUCAAAUUUUUAUAUAUAAUUUUUUAAA